AGGACGUCAGGGUAGAGAGUGGAUCCUUGCUGGGCUGCUGUAAUCAUGAAGAUAGUGAUCGUAAUUGACCUAAUCAUCUUCACUUUGCUGUCUUCAGGGAAGAAAUUCCGAUGGUGCACGCUAUCUGACCUAGAACAGAGGAAAUGUGCUGAACUGUCCAAAGCCCUUACGGCGGUGCUGCCACUUGCUACUAUCAAUUCCUUUACCAGGAUUUCUUGCAUCAGAGCUCACAACACAUAUGACUGCAUUGAUAAAAUCAGGGUGAAUAAAGCAGAUGCUGCCUCCUUGGAUGCUGGAGAUGUUUACUCUGCUGUAAAGCUAUAUGGCUUAACAGCGGUGGCAAAGGAGAUCUAUGAGAAAGGAAGUUGUGUAUUUUCUGUGGCCGUUGCCAGACGAGGAACUUUGAACAUCCAGAGGCUAAGAGGUGUGCGCAGCUGCCACAAUGCAGCCAGGUGGACAUCAGGCUGGAAUAUUCCGCUUGGCUUUCUCCUGGCUAGAAAUGACCUCUCUUGGGAUGAGGCACAACCUCUGAGCCAAGUAAUCAGUGAGUAUUUCAAUGCAAGUUGCAUCCCUGGGAUUGGUGUUGCUGCUCCUCGACUCUGUGCUCUCUGCCAAGGACAAAAAUCCUAUGUCAGAGACAAGAACCACUUCUGUGAGACUAGCAGCAAUGAACCCUUCUAUGACUCUGAAGGAGCCUUCAGGUGCUUGAAGAAUGGAGUGGCAGAUGUUGCCUUUUUAGAUCAUCUAACAAUAAUGAAUGCCACAGAGACAGAACAAGAUGAAUAUGAGCUCUUAUGUCCUGAUGGAACCACAGCUGAGCUGAGUGAAUACAGCACCUGUAACUUGGGUCAGGGGCCUGGCCGUGGCAUCAUCACCCGCCACAACUUCCAGAAGAUCACCAACAAAUUUCUUACUAUGAUCCAACACCUCUUUGGGCGAAAAGGAAAGGAAAGGGCCAGGUUUGAACUCUUCACUUCAGCACCCUAUGGGGGAAAGAACCUGCUGUUCCAGGAUGCCACCCAGCAUCUGCAGCUUCUCGAGGAGCAGCUAGAGAUUGCCUAUGUCCUUGGUCUGGAUUACGUAGCUCUCCUCAAGGGACUAGGCCAUGAAGGGAGCUCUUUGGACAACAGUGUUGUGCGCUGGUGCUGCAUCAGCAAUGCUGAGCUUCGCAAAUGUGAGGACUGGGCACUGAGCAUCAAAUCUGACCCAUUGGUUUGUGUCCAGGCAACCUCCAUGACCCAUUGCAUUGAAAUGAUCAAGGUAGGAGGCUCCCUGUGGUCAGAUGACAAGAGUAGUGAGGCUGAUGCAGUCACCCUGGAUGCAACGCAUAUCUACAUUGCAGGGAAGUGUGGAUUGGUGCCUGUAGCUGCAGAAUGUUACGGGGAUGGAUGUGCCCCAGCUGCUGAGAGCACAGAGGAAACGUGGAAACUAAUUCAUCUUAGACGCAAAGCGCUGUCACCUGUCUAUGCUGUAGCCCUAGCUAAGAAGAAUGUCAAACAGAUUAACAUCCACAACCUUGGGGGAAGGCGGUCCUGCCACAGCCAUCUGUAUAGUCCCGGAGGAUGGUUACUUCUUUCCAGAUACACAGUGGGAGCUCUGGAGAACAGUACUGAGAACUGUAACAUUGACUCUGCUUAUCAGAACUACUUUUGGAAGGGCUGCAUGCCGGGAGCAGAUGGGAACCUGUGCAAGGUGUGCAUUGGAGACAGCGAGGUGGAAGUGGGUAGAACAUCUAGCAGAUGUGCUGCCAAUCACAAUGAGCGUUACUAUGGCAAUAUGGGAGCACUCAGGUGCCUCGUUGGCAAUCCCAGUGGAAGAAGCUUUGGAGAUGUAGCUUUCCUGGAACACUCUAACCUACUCCGGAACAUAGAGAAUCUGGACAGCUCUGGUUGGGCAAAAGGUUAUACCCCUAGUGACUUUGAGCUGUUGUGUCUGGAUGGAACGCGUGCUGCAGUUACGGAAUGGGCAGGGUGUAACCUUGGCCCCAUUCCCCCCAGCACAGUCAUGACUCGACCAGUCACUAUCACCAAAAUCUAUGACUUCCUAGUGAAAUCCCAGGAAUCUGUGGGAACCAAGCCGGACUCCGAAUUCCAUCUAUUUCAGUCUCAGAAGUAUGGUGAAAGUGAUCUGCUUUUCAAAGAUGCUACUCAGUACCUUGUUCAUGCAAGUCAUAGGAGCUAUCAGGAACUCCUUGGAGCGUCUUUCUUUCAUCUGGCAGAAUCAGUGUUUAAAUGUACACCUGCAGGUAUCUUAGACUUUUGCAGACAGGAUAUCUGUGCAUCCUCAUUGAACUGACAGCUAUACAGAGGCUUUACAAGGCACAUACACCAUUACUGAUGCUGAAAACAAGGAAAGAUGAAAGUCCGACCUAUCCAGAGCACUCAGCGAGGAAAUAGUCACCUCUAGAAAUUUAUGCUGAAUACUCUUAUCUUCUUUCUCAUACAUACAUAUAUAUCUAUAUCUAUAAAGGCAAUUUUCAUGUUUAUGGUCAUAUAAUAAGGCUCUUGUCAUCACUGUCUUGUUUGGCCUGUGCCGCUCCCCGCAAUGCCAGGCUCCAAUCUGCAUAACCCACGCAUGGAAGUAGGAUCAACUAUUCUGAACAGCUACUGAGAUCUCAGCAUUUCUGUGGGACAAGCAGGGCAAAUGCUGUGGACUAAAAUGUGGACUACCAUGAGUCGCACAGGUUAGUGGAUAGCAAUUUUCCUUGCUUUCCUAUUAGGUCUUAUAAAAACAAAUCGCUGUCACUUUGGUUGCUGUAGCAUUAUCCUUUUAUAUAUGUGAUUUUUGUUGCAGCUAGAUAGUCCAUGCUGAAUACAAACGUAUACUAUAGGUUGCCUAUGUAAUUGCUAUCAGUAUCAAUAGCCUUGUCUGCUUUUAUCUGGGAAUAACGUAGUUGCUUUGUUUAACCAAGAAUUUAUACUAGUAAGUCAAUGCAUUUUUCUUUCACAAAUUCAUGUAUUAAGGCAUCUAAUAGCAUCAGUCCAGCAGAACUGGAUUCUUA